UUGAGGAGGCGGUGGAAUUUUUUGUUCGAUUUUCGUUCCGAGUCAGCUGUUGGAGUAAAGAAAGCGUAUAAAUACAGGAAUUUUUAAGUAAUUUAUUUUAAUACAAAAUCGGUGAUAAAUAAACGGGAAAUGUCUGACAGCGAGUCAGAAAAUAACACAAAAGAUGUGAAGCGUAACGGUAUAAAUUUUCAACUUAAGGAAAAUACCGUAAUUGUAAAGCUGGAACAUGAAGAAUUAUGCGCCUACAUAGGGGAGCUGCAUGAGUUGCUUAUAAAAAAAGACAAGAAAAUUAAAAAGUACAAGGAGAAAUAUAAAGAGCUGCUGAAAAAAUUCAAAGUCGAAAAAACAAAAGCAAACAGUGACACCGAGAAAACGCUUGCUACCACAAGCGUUGAACUUGCCACCAAAACACCUGCUUUGGAAGACAAUAAACUAACAGAAGAUAAUGCCGCUACUGUUGACAAUUUCGUUGACGAAAUUCGUCAGGCAGCCGAACAGGCACAGAAUUUGAAUGGUUUCGUCUAUGAGCCCACGUCUGGACUGUAUUAUGAUCAAAAGACUGGCUACUACUAUAAUGCGGAAUAUGGCCUCUAUUAUGAUGGAAAUAACGGCUGCUACUACAACUACAAUCAAGAGAGAAAUGCCUUCGAAUUUCAUUCGCAAGUUUCUGCGCAGCAAUUACAGAAAACUGCAGAGGGCAACAACGCCAACUGUAAAGAUGUUCUAACGAAUUAUGAUGAUAUUGAUGUGAACGAGGUGGUCGAGUUCGAUGAGUUUGGCGGCGUAAUAACCGAUCAAGAGCGUCUGCAUAAAAUCAAAGAGGAACGCCGCAAAGAGCAGGAGGAGGAACGUGCAUGGCGCAAAAAGAAGAAAUCUAAAAAUUCAAAGACGGCAAAGAGUGCCAAGUCGUCGAAACGCAGGCAUAAAUCGAAGAAACGUAAGCGCUCACGCAAACACUCGCACUCAUCGUCAGAUUCCUCUGAGAGCGAGAGCGAAAGUGACGAAGAAAAAACCUCGUCAACGAAGCGUGCACGCCAGAAGUCCCUUGACGUAGAGGAUGGCGAGUUAACCGAGUCUAGCAGCAGCGAAAGUGGCAGCCAAAGUGAAGAUAGCAGAUAUAGUAAUAACAAGGAGGGGAAGGGAGUUGCAACUUUUUCGGGCGGUGGGCGCUUUCAAGAUAUAGCCAAAAAAUAUCCUCCUUCGCUGCGCAUUAUUGUGCAAGAAAGCAAUUUGGAUAGCGUAAAAGUUGGUAGUCUAAGUCUGAUUACUUAUAAGGGCGGUAGUUUGGGGCGUGAAGGCAAUCACGAUGUCAUAAUACCGGAUGUCAAUGUGUCCAAGCUACACAUGAAGUUCCAUUAUGACCACAAGCAAUGUAUUUACAAAUGUAUCGAUUUGGGUUCACGCAAUGGUACUGUACUGAAUGGCACGCGCAUGUCUGCAUCGAAGAAAGAGAGCUCUGAGUAUGAUUUAGCGCAUGGCAGUGUUUUGCAAAUCGGUCAAACGAAGCUGCUGUGUCACGUGCACGAAGGUAACAGCACAUGUGGCUUAUGUGAGCCGGGUUUGUUGAUCGAGUCGCCGCGUGAAAGUAGCGGUACGACUAGCAACACUGUUGUGCUAUCACACCGCGAACAGUUAAAGAAAUUGCAAAAGAAGUAUGGCUUGGAGAAAGAGAAAUUUGUGGAGGCUAAACAAAUUGUCGGCAACUAUAAUGAUCGCGCUGCAACGCGGCGCAUACAGAUCGGCAGUUCAACAGAUGGCGAGAAAACUCAGUCAGCUUCUGUUAAUACUGAAAUCUCUUCCGAAAAUAAGGGCUUCAAAAUGCUCUCUAAACUCGGCUGGAAUAAGGGCGAGGCUUUGGGAAAAGCUAAUGAUGGUUCAGGACUUUUGGAACCGAUCAAUGUCGCAUCGAAUGAAGGGAAAAAAGGUUUGGGUUGCGAGGCAGCUGCCUCGGGUAGUGUAGCACUUUCCAAUGCAGAUAAGCGCAAGAUUGCCACUUGGCAGAAGACGCAGGCCCGUUAUCAGCAAACUGAUAUUUUUGGAGAUAGCGAAGAUAGUACUUAAUAAAUUAAGUUACUCGUGUUUAAAAUAAUAACAAUGUUUGAAUAAAAAAUUAUGUGUUCAACAGUUCCUAUUAUAUGAGAAGACAAUGAGCUAAUGAGCUGAUACAACAACUGUUCAUUCAAAUUUGCAGAUAAAAUUUAGAACGAAAAAAAAGA